AUGGGAGAAACAGCUCUUCAUCGUGCAACCCUUUCUGAUAAUGAAGAAACCGCUAUUUUUCUUAUUUUACAAGGUGCAAAUGUCAAUGAAAAAGAUGAAGAUGGACACAGUGCUCUUCAUACUGCAGCACUUUAUAAUCAUAUAGACACCGUUAAACUCCUUAUUUCGCAUGGUGCAAACAUCAACAAAAAAAAUGAAAUUGGAGAAACGGCUCUUCAUAAUGCAGUGGAAAACAAUAGUAAAGAAACUAUUGAAUUUCUAAUCUCACAUGGUGCCAAUGUCAAUGAAAAUGAUGAUGGAAGAACUGUUCUUCAUAUUGCAGCACUGCAAAAUUAUAAAGAAACAGCGGAAUUUCUUAUUUCACACGGAGUAAAUAUCAAUGAAAAAGAUAAAUACGAACGCACAGCUCUUCAUUAUGCAGUAAUAAAUAAUAAUAUAGAAACCGCCGAAGUUCUUAUUUCACACGGUGCAAAUAUCAAUGAAAAGAAUGCUGAUGGAGAAACUCUUCUUCAUAUUGCAAGCACUAGUAAUUAUAAAGAAAUUAUACAACAUCUUAUUUCACAUGGUGCAAAUUCCGUUUAA